CUCUCUCUAACAUGCUGACAGUACAGGAUCCUCGUACUGUAACUGUGGCUCUGGACGGCAUACACAACAUUCUCACUGCUGCUAACAAGAUAUCAGAGGAGGUAUGCAGUAAAGUAGCUAUUAUGCUUGAGGAAUGUGGAGGAUUGGAUCUGAUAGAGAAACUGCAGGAACACGAAAACGAAAGUAUCUACGCUAAAUCCGCCCUGAUAAUAGAGUCGUUCUACAAAGGUGAGGACGGAGAGAACGAGGAGCUCCAGCCACAGGUUACAAACGGACAAUAUCUCUUCAACGCCCCUACUAAUAACACUGGCAAAAUAUCCUUCUAAUCGACUAAUUGGCUGAUUAGUUAAUUGUUUAAUUGAUUAAUUAGUUUAAUUGGUCAACUAGUUGGUUUUUGUUCUCCAAUCCAGCAGAGUGUACCCAUCGCUGACGAUAGAUUUUCAUGUGUUGAACUUCUUGUCGCAGUUAUGUGACUUUUUAAGAAUUUAUUUGUUAUUUGAUAGAAUUUUUGGUCGGUUCCUAUAUUUUUAUUUUUGGGCAACGGUAUUUUCUAGUCUUCAUGUGACUAAUCCAUUGAUUUGAUAAAUUUUUACUGAAUUUAUUUUUAGUUAUUUUUAUGUUUCUAAGAUAGGACUAAAUUUGAGCGUGUACUGUUUCCUUAUACAAUUGGGGUGCAGUCUUCAGCAUGUAAAUUAACACUAUGACUAAUAAUAUGUUAAAUAGUUUUUCAUUGUAGCAAGCCGUGAAUAUUUCCUGAUACCCUAUCGUUGUUUUUAGAACAACAAACUUAAAAACGUGAAAUUCCAUUUUCUGCUCUUGCAGAUUGUUGAGAAGUGAAAUUGAUUGAGAGUAAGUUGUGAAGUGAAAUUGAAGGAGAUACUUAUUCCAAGUUCUUAACAGAUCUUGAUGAUUGAUAAUUGAUGAAUAAAGAAUCCUCGAGAUUUGAGGUUGGAUGAUAGUUGUUAUGGCGAAUUAUCUUAUUUGUUUUUAAA